AUGGUGCCUGAUAUCAUCAAGGGACUGGAGGUGGCUGGUUCGGUGUCUGCAGAUGGCCUGACACAGAGGAAGAUAAUUCAAGCUGCUUCAUCUCCAAGUAACAGCUUUCUUUACAUGACUUUCACCAGCAAGAAGUACUCUGUGAAUGACAUACUCACGGUCUUAAGUCGUGGGAUCAUAAUCGAAGGGGGCUCUCUCAGACUCGGUAUAUCAGCCCAACAAAAACUGCUGAUUACUCAAGCUAUGGUUCCAUCUUUCCGUCUGAUUGGCUACUAUCACAGCACCAGUGGUGCCAUCAUUGCUGACUCGAUUUGGGUCGAUGUCAGGGAAGAAUGUGAGAUAAAGGUCAAGAAUGCCAGAGUGGCUUUGCUGGCUGUGGAUAAGGCCAUCUACGCCCUCAAUGCCGACAAUAAACUCACACCCCAACAGGUGGCUGUUCAUAUGGCACAAACUGAAGGGCUUUGCUCCCCCGGGUCAGCCACCACGACCUCUUUUGUUAACAUUACAGUGGCGAAACAGUCCUCUCAGUUUGUCACUUUCUCUGCUGUCCCCAUGGUAACCGGCUCGAUACCCAUCAAAAUACGUCUGUAUGAUAUGGAGGAGGAUUUGGGAAUUGAUGCAAUUGAAAAGAACCUGAAUGUACUGACGGAAGGAAUGGAACAGAGAGUAGGAAAAACCAAACUGAUUAAAUUAGAUGCAUUUUUCUCUGUCAUGGUAGGGAGGAGCACAAACACUAUUAUUAUUGAUGGAAGUCUACCAGAUGACACAGUCCCUGAGUCCAGCUCCAAUAUAUUUGUUUCAGUGGAAGGGGACGGAUUUGGCAAUUCAUAUGCGAGGAACCUUCUAUCUCCUGAGAAGGUUGCUCAGCUGACCAGGUUACCGAAUGGAUGCUUAGAACAAACAAUGAAAGGUCUGGCCCCUACAGCUUUAGCCCUCCGUUACCUUGACCUGAGCGAUCAGUGGAUUGACCUGCCUCCUGGUAAAAGAGAUGAGGUUCUUGAUCAUGUUGAGCACGGUUAUAUAAGGAUUGUAAGUUAUCACAAGAACAAAAACGAUGGGUCUUAUGGUGUGUGGAGUACAGUGCAGUCCAGUAAUUGGGUGACUGCCCUUGUAGUGAAAGUGCUAUCGAUGGUGGCACAGCGUCAGACAGCAGCUAUUGGACAGCAGGGCCGGAGGCUUAAAAUUGUACCACAGGAAGAAAUCUGGCAUUCCGUCAGAUACUUGCUCUCUGUACAGAAGACUGAUGGGUCAUUCACUGACCCGGCACCUGUAUUACACAGAGAAGUCCUGAAAGGAAAAGACCAACAUGCAUCCAUGACUGCUUUCAUAACUAUCGCACUGUACCGCUCCCUGGAAUUUCUGCCAGCCGCAGGUCAAAGUGAUGUGGAAGCAAGCAUAUCAAGAGCGACAACGUAUCUCCAAUCACAUCUGGGGGAGCUUAAGCAUACCUAUGCUAUUGCCAUUACAACCUAUUGCCUCUCAGCUUGCCUGCCAGAAGGAACAGAUCUCUCACCCGCAUGGACAAAACUUCAAGCAAAGGCUACUAAAGCGGAGAAUGACUGCUAUCUGUGGACAGAGAAUCCCAGCCCUCAGAAUCAAAAGGUGGCCAAUUCUAUCACAAUAGAGACGACAGCCUAUGCCCUCCUAGCUGCAGUGCAACUUGGAAAUACUACGUGGGCAGACAAAAUAGCCUGCUGGUUAACCACCCAAGAAAACUAUUUUGGAGGCUACAGAUCAUCACAGGAUACCAUCAUGGCACUGGAAGCCCUCUCAGAAUAUGAGCUGAAGAGGCCCGGCAGACCUGAAGUACAAAUUGAAGCAGAGUUCUCUGUCCCAGAAAGGAAAAGCAUUAUAACCCUUGCCCUGGAAAAUGGGAAGGAGAAGGUGGAAACAGACCUGAAGAAACUUGCAGGCAAAAACAUUCAAGUGCAGUUCAAAGGAAAAGGAGACGUCAAACUUAAAGUUGAGAAGGCUUACCAUUUAAUGGAACCCAAGGAUGAUUGUCCCGAAAUGUCUAUCAAUGUCACAGUGGAGGGGAAAGUGAAGUACACUGAUAAGAUCUUAGCAGAUUAUAACUACUAUAGCGAUUAUGAUGCUGCUGAGGAGGAAGGGACCCGGGUGCCACGAUCAGCGAUUGAGUGGUUUGACGCUCGCACUCGGACCACGAGAGAUCUUGAUAACAACCUAAAAUCAGACAAUGUUGUCAAAUACAAAGUCUGCGUCAGGCCAAUUGGCAAUCUUACAGGAAUGGCCAUUGCCGACAUCACUUUACUCAGUGGAUUUAUGGCUAGUAUUAAAGACCUGGACAAGCUAACGCAGCUAGAACAAUACGUUGCUCAUUAUGAAGUCUCCUAUGGAAAAGUGCUGCUCUACUUUAAUAAGAUCUAUGAAGGAACUGAAUGUAUUGAGUUUGACGCUGAACAAACAGUGCCAGUCGGCCUCCUCCAGCCUGCUCCAGCCGUGUUCUAUGAUUAUUACGAACCAAACAGAAAAUGUACCGUGUUCUACUCUGCCCCAAGAAGAAGCAAGAUGAUCUCCAAACUGUGUUCAGGGGAUGUGUGUCAAUGUGCAGAGAGACCCUGUCAUAAACUACAACAUACAUUCAAAUCACAAACACGCGGAAGGGUCACAAAGAAUGACCGUGAACAACAUGCUUGCUUCUUCCCUACGGUAGACUACGCGUACAUCGUUGAAGUCCUCAGUGUUUCUGAGACGAGUAACUUUGAGCUGUACAAAACGAAAAUAGUUGAUGUCCUCAGAUCAAAUGGAGAUCUGCAUGUAAGUGAGAAUUCCAUUCGGGUGUUUGUUAAGAGGUUUCAGUGCAAAGGACAGUUAGACCCUGGAAAAAUGUACCUGAUCAUGGGCAAAGAUGGCACCACAAAUGACUCGACUGGCUCGAUGCAGUAUCUGUUGGAAUCAAACACCUGGGUUGAGAAAAAGCCAUUGCCAGAAGAUUGCAAGAAAUCUGCCCAUAGAAGGGGUUGUGCUGGUUUUGAUGCAUUUACAACCGAGUACAAGGUGGAUGGCUGCAGACAGUGAAACAAAUGGGAUUAAUUCAGAGCAUAUAUGUUGCAUAUAUGCUGUUACAAUUAAAUGCUUCAAAGUAGCAGUAUGUGAACAUCUAUCAUUACAGGCACUAAACAUUAUCUAGACCUAAAUCAGACAAAAGCUGUAUAAGAGAUUCUUGUUCUUCCCAUUUUCUUAUUUUUUUCUACUUAAUAACUGUAAUUGAUGUAACGUAAUGUAAUUGUCUUUUUAACUUUUUAAUUUGCUAACCUCUCACUUUUUCAAUUACACCAUCCUUGAUGCUUUGACGUUAUUGUUAACCUGAUAUUCAUGACAAUAAAGCAUUUUGAAUUUGAAA